ACACUUCCUGUUAAAAAAAAUAGAAAGUGACAGACAAAAAUUGUAGCAUUUGGAUAACAUAGCACAAGCAGAAACUGAAUAGAACAUGCAGAAUGUGUGACAGUUGAAAUAGCCACGUAAACAAACCGUGUGAUAAAUAUGUUUGCAGCAGUCUUCCGCGCCUGAUUGCAGUUCAUUUGAUUGACUUGGCCGUAAUAUAAGUAGAGACUUGCAGACAAACGAAAAAAUAGCCCGGUGAAGUCACAAGUUCAGAGGUGACUGUCCUUCUGUAUAUCUGGAGAUAAAAAGGACCACCAUUACGUUCACCUUUAAGGUGCCUGCUCAUUAUGCCUGUUCCAGGGGAUGACAUGGGAGAGACUCCCCUGACUCGCACUCCAAUCCCUAUGCCUGCUUACUUUAGCCAGGCAGAGCAAAGCUUUUCACUUAAGAAAAGAGGGCGCUCUCUUUGCUAUACCCUCCCACCCAGACCUCCAGUUAAAAGCGCUCUACCUGUAAGCCGUAUCUUCCCAAAUAAACAGCGAUCUUGGAGCCAGCCCAGACCACAGAGCGUUUCUUUUCGAAGUCCCCAAAAUAAAACCCCUGCAAGCAAGCUUUAUGACCAGAGCAAAGGAGAUACAUUUUUCAAGCAGUGUUUUAAAAGCAUUUGCAAAUUAGGAAGAGGAUCCUUUGGGGAGGUAUACAAGGUGCAAAGCCUUGAGGAUGGAUGCUUCUAUGCUGUAAAGCGUUCUGUAUCUCCGUUCCGCGGUGAGUCAGACCGGCAACGGAAGCUUCAGGAGGUGAGGAAGCAUGAGCGAGUUGGGGAGCACCCCAAUUGCCUACGUUUUGUGCGAGCAUGGGAAGAGAAACGAAUGCUCUACCUUCAGACAGAGUUAUGUGCAGGGAGUUUGCAACAGCAUUCUGAAGAAUUUGCUGGGUCUCUUCCUCCACGUCGAGUAUGGAACAUAACUUGUGACCUGCUGCAUGGUCUCAAACAUCUUCAUGAUCGCAACCUUCUGCACCUUGACAUUAAGCCAGCUAAUGUCUUCAUUUCUUUUUCUGGUGUUUGCAAACUUGGUGAUUUCGGACUCAUGGUAGAAUUGGAUGGGACUGAAGGAAGUGGGGAAGCACAGGAAGGUGACCCUCGCUAUAUGGCACCUGAACUGUUGGAUGGUAUCUUUUCGAAGGCUGCUGAUGUGUUCAGUCUUGGAAUGAGUCUUCUAGAAGUCGCUUGCAAUAUGGAGCUUCCGAAAGGUGGAGAUGGUUGGCAACAGCUGAGACAAGGGCAUCUCCCUACAGAGUUUACAUCAGACCUGCCACCAGACUUCCUAAAAGUUCUUUCUGCAAUGCUGGAGCCUGAUUACCGCCGCCGUGCCACAGUAGACUGGCUACUCUCCCUUCCUGCUAUCCGUAAUGCAGAGAGAUGGAGGAUGGUGACACUAGCGCAGGAAAGGACACUUGGCAAGAUAAUAGCAGUCUAUCAGUUCAUAGUUUGGCUUCUAUCUUUCGUGUUUCAAUGGCUAAAUCGUCCUGUUAUAGGAUUUUUACAUUACUGUGGAUUGAGGGCUCUUCCAAGGUCACCUCCCUGUUCUCCUUUUCCUAACCAUCUUGGGGAGAGCAGCUUCUCUAGUGACUGGGAUGAUGAGAGUCUUGGUGAUGAUGUGUUUGAGGUACCGCCAAGCCCACUGGCCACUCACCGAAAUCUGACAUACCAUGGGCAGGAGCUCAUUGGCAGACAUUCUCCAGAUCUACUCUCAAGGCCGUCACUUGGAAGUACCUCUACCCCUCGCAAUUUGUCUCCUGAAUUCAGCAUGAGAAAGAGGUCUGCCCUGCCUCUAACGCCUAAUGUCAGUCGGAUUAGCCAGGAUUCUACAGGCAAGUCUAGAAGCCCCUCCACCAGUCAUAGCUCCUCUGGAUUUGUGGAUGCUGAAGUCCAGCGUACCUUAUUUCUUCCUCGCAAUCUGCUCGGUAUGUUUGACGAUGCCACCGAGCAAUGAUAGCAGUGCAGAGUACCACACAGCACCAGACUUUUUAUUUUUCAAUCAGGUGAUCUUUAACGCCAACCAUUGGCCUAUGGCAUUGACCUGUUGGCAUAUGAAAGUGAAAUUGAGAGGUCUACAACAUAUUGGAUGUAUUGAGACAAUGGCUAUUUGUACAAUGCACAUUCAGCUGUGAAAAAUUACACCCGAUAUCUGCAUAUUUGCAAAAGAAAAUGGAUGUUGUAUAAAAAUGGUGACUGGGUUAUGGAUAAUAUAAUAGGUGUGUUUUUCAUGAUAUCGCCAUGAUUACCGCUAACAUUUCUAUAACUUAAGUUUUCAGUUCUUGUUUAAAGUGUGUGUGUAUUUAUAUUUAUAUAAAAACAUUUUUUUUGGGGGGGCUUCACAAAAUCUUUUUGGUUUCUCUAAAAGUUGUAAGAAAUGAAGAUAUUUCAUUAAUGUAAGGUUUGUGCUUUCCAUAUUUGCCUUCUUUUUAUAUAUUAUCAAUCCUUAUGUUUAAUAGGCAGGGUUAAUAGCUCAUAUCUACGCGGCUACUAUUUCUUGUAUUAGCAAUGAUCUGGCUUUAUCCUCAAAAUAUUGAUUUACCAUAAUAGAUGCCACGGCUCUAUUAUGAGAAUUCAACCUCCCACUAAUAAAAACCCCUACCCACUAUCCUACAUAGUUCCCCCCGCACAGGUGAUAACACCUGCAAGUGCCCCUAAUCCUUUAAUUACCUCUCGUGGGCGCAGUGGAGCUCACAGGCGCCAUCUCUGCUCUUAUGCGGCAAGUAAGAUUAAUUUUGCCGCAUGCGCAGUUGGAGUAGUCUUCCGGUUCGUGACAACUGUGCAUGUGCCGAAAGUGAUGGAAAUUGCUGGAAAUUGCUGAAGGGAAGGAAGAAAACCCGAAGUAUACAGAAGAGCCGGAAGAUAGUGCCCGUGAGCUCUGUUGACUCUGCGAUGAGAGAUAAAUAAAGAAUAUGGGCUACUUACAGGUGUGGGGGGGGAAGCAGGGACUAUGCAGGGUAGGGCUUUUUAUUAGUGGGGGGUUGAAUUCCCUUUAAGUAAUGUAAAUCUUAAGUGAAUUGUUUCUGCUAGCCAAUAGAACCAAGACAGCAGCCUCCUAUUCCCAAAACAUAUACAGGGGUGUUAUGAUAAUGCUGGCCUGUGUGAUGACUAGUUUUUGUCAUUCUCAUAGUCUCAGGUUAAUUGUUGUGUACAGAUAGAUAUAGAUGUAUAAUGCAGUAAGAUUCUCAGGGCUAUGUCUAAAGCUCUGUAUUAAAAUGUGGAAUCUUACGUGUUGGUGACGUUAAAGCUGAACAUAAAAACACGCAGACAGUACUAAGAAGAAAUCUGGAGUUUAUUAUUGCAUGGUUAAUACUGGCCUCGUGCAAAGCCCUGUGAGAUGUUCCCAGCCCUACUCUGUGUGUAGGAGUCUGACAUCCUGGUUCUUGCAAAACGAUAUUAAAAAAAAAAAAAAAUAUUCCAAGGCCACAAACAGUAUUGUUGAAUAUAUCAUGUAACCCUAGAGCAACUGAGUACUCCUUCCCAGAAAUUCUGGUUAUUCUUUCAGGAUUCACUGUAAGGGGGUUUGAAGGGAGAAAAAGCCCCAGGACAUUAAUAUUGGAGGAUGGAUUUGAGGCAAGUUCAUGGAACUUGGAGCUCAGAGCGAUGCAGUGCUCCUGCUUGAUAAUGGCAGCUUGGAGAAGGUUAACUCUUGUAUAGCUGUACAAGAUUGCAUAGCACAGUUUUGUGGGUGGUAGUAAAUAAAGCAGAUGGGAUACAGAGUGUCAGCGUUCCUGAUAGCACACCCUGAAAUGCCUAAACCCCCAUAAUCUUGUCUUUUUGAAACAACUCUUGUACCAGAUUUGUAUUGUAUUAUAUGAAAAAACUUGCAACGCAUAAAUGUUGUUUUUUACAACAAAGCUGAAUUGGGAGAACAUACUUGACUGAUAAAAAUAUUUUUCAGUGCA